CUCGGAAGCAACGGUUCGGUCUGGUGAACGGGAAUAUUCUUCGACUUGCGGGAAAAGCCCCAACCGAAAGAAACGACGACUUCGCGUUUGGUCAGAUAAACGAACACUUUGUUCGACUCAGCUCAGGAUGGGAGGAAAAUUCGUACCCUAAAUUACCAUCCAGUUUUCCUAUUAACGGUGAACCUUUUUGGCGGAUCUUUAUCUAGCAGCUAUCGGUUGCGGUUUAAUAUAUUGUGGUCGGUAAAAUUGAAAACAAGAAAAACAAAACCUAGACACCAUGCUGCACUGGCAAUAUGGGGGUGGGAAAAAUUACAUUGUGCUACUGUCACUUGGAGGGAGGAAACUCGAAAUUCUUGGCAGUACGACUGUGUGAAGCAACGUCAAUCAGGCGGGGCUGAAAGUGAGAGUUGUUUGGGGAAGGCAAUUUAUUGUUGUGUAUUUUGGUGAACGCUUAGUGUCGCACCGUCAGCGUCACAACAAAUAGGCAUAGCGGGAGACCGGUGCGGCGGGACCGGGACGGCACCGAGUAUAGUUUACCACGGCUCAGUGUCUUUUGGAUGCGCUUUCCCGCCGAGAGGAAAGAAGAAAAAAAAUAAACACGGUUGAGUGUUAGGUUCGUAGGUACGUGGCAAGGCAUCUACUGGUUGCGUUUCUGAUUAAAGCCAUUUCGUGUUGGAAUGAUAAAAAUGGGGAAAAAAUAACAGUGCUGCGCGGGUGGCAUUAGUGUGAAAGUGCAUUAGAUGGUGGCGUAAUUAUUUUUUUCUGCAUAGUGAAAUGACAAGGGGCAAGACAUUGCGCGACAUUCAAGCGGUGUUUUAAGUGCGAAGAUGCAUGCGAAGAGAAUUCUCUAUCAGCAGAAGUGGGUAGCAAAAUGCAUCAUAACGGCGGCGAGUCUGUGUUCAAAUGAAAGUGUGAAAAAUUGGUACGUUCUGUGAAACAAUUUGGUCGGAGCAGCUGUGAUUGUUUUAAAGGGCUUCCUGACUGUAGCUGUGAAACUAGUGUUCUGCAUUCUAUAACAACAUCUUCAAGGUUGCAAUUGAAACAGCUCGUGAAACAAUUUGAUGUGACAAUUCGAUCGCUCGGAAAUCUUACUUUAACCUGUAAGCCACGAACAAGAAAGUCAUCAAAAUCGACCGUCGAAACACCCCGCUUGGAAGGACAUUCCGAACCGGCUGGCUCUGGCCAGUUCCGUAGCAGGAUGAUGGUUCAAGCUGUAAUAUUUUUACGACCACAUCAAUUUUUCCUGCACUGUCGAUGGUGCGGUCGCUGUUACUGCUGCUACCGUGGAGAAAUCUGUUGCUACCAGCAGCUGGACCACAGUCGAUUAAGACCUUGGUUCUGGUUCUGUGCCAGUUUUGCCAACAAUACUGGUGGAAACGACGAUGAUGACGACGACGACAACGAAGAUGAUGAUGAUGUUCCGCUCGUUACUGCCAGCGAAGAAAAUAUAAAGAUACCGAAUGUCGAUGCUUUAACUUUCUCCACCCCCGCAUUGCAACAUUCUAUAGUUCUAGCAGUGAGGAAUGUUACCUCCAGUAAGUGAAAAAAAAGCAACGUUACGUGAACUGUAUUAAAGCAUACGAACAAUGCGAAAUAUGAAUCUUGUGGAGGAAAAUUUGGUGAUAAGUGGCGCCGAGGUGCCCUUGCUGUCCGAGGGCCAGAGUGUUGAACUGGCAGAGACAGAACUGUCUACAAAUCGGGGAGCCAGCUUUGGUAUGGAGCAGUUGGAACUGAACAGUACCGGAUAUGGCUCGGAAAUGACUCAACUAAUGCCAACCCAGCUUGACUACAGUGUCGUGAAAGCGAACGAAUCGACUCUCAACGGUACCGAACAAGUGAUUGAUAGCUUCUACUUUUACGAGACUGAGCAAUUUGCAGUAUUAUGGAUUUUAUUUGUAGUGAUCGUGCUAGGCAACAUGGCUGUGUUAGUGACGUUAUUUCUUAACAAAAAUCGUAAAUCGAGGAUGAACUUUUUUAUCAAGCAACUAGCGAUCGCCGAUCUCAGUGUCGGCCUGUUGAGUGUUCUGACGGACAUCGUCCAAAGGAUCACCAUUUCCUGGCUGGCAGGAAACGUAGCCUGCAAGGUGAUACGCUUCAUUCAGGUGUGGGUCACGUACGCUUCGACCUACGUGCUGGUGGCACUCAGCAUCGACCGCUACGAUGCGAUAACCCAUCCGAUGAACUUUUCCGGCUGUUGGAAGAGAGCUCGACGACUGGUGGCUGCCGCUUGGGGAUUCAGUGCAGUAUUUUCGUCUCCUAUGUUCUAUCUUUACGAGGAACGUGUUAUUCAGGAUCAACUGCAAUGCUGGAUAGAACUAGGUGAUGCACUCCGAUGGCAGCUCUACAUGUGCUGGGUGGCCACAUCUCUGUUUGUGAUACCGGCUUUCAUCAUCUCUGCCUGCUAUGUUAUAAUUAUCAAAACAAUCUGGUCAAAAGGAUCUGUGCUGGGCCCGGUGGGUGAUAAAUAUCGACACCGGAACGGCAGUGCAGACCUGGCUAGCCGCCGAGCAAGUUCCAGGGGCAUCAUUCCCCGUGCCAAGGUGAAAACCGUCAAGAUGACAAUCGUGAUUGUGAUAGUGUUCGUGCUCUGCUGGUCGCCGUAUAUCGUGUUCGAUCUGCUGCAGGUGUUUGAACAGAUUCCGAAAACGCAGACCAACAUUGCCAUCGCGACAUUUAUCCAAAGUCUAGCACCACUGAAUUCCGCCGCCAAUCCUUUGAUAUACUGUUUGUUUUCGACGCAUUUCGUUAGAACGCUCAAAAGACUUCCUCCAUUCCGAUGGCUGCUCUCGUCCGGUUUGUGCUGUGGCAGUCCGGAUGACGCACAUGGGCUCAGCGGAUGUGGACAGUCGGCCAAUGGGAACCGUUUGCGAAAUCAGCACAGCAGUGAUUCCAUGAGGACACUCACCACGUCGUUAACGGUUUCGACUCGAAGACCAACCACCAUCAUUCGGACGGCGAGGGUGGUUGUGUAGCAGCGGAAGGUCAGCAGCACUGGUCCGGAACUGGCAACAGGGAUGCGUCAUUCCGGAACUCGAAGCUCUCCGUCGGCGAAGCAUCUAGUCAAAUUUAAAACUUAAAAUGACGAACUUUUGUAGUAGAACUUUUGUAGUUUCUACAGUUACCAGUAGAUUUUUAGAAGCAUAUCCGGCACUUUUCGGCAUUUGCGACGAACAUUCUCGUUUAUUGAUAGAGUAUUUUUUACGAAUUUAAAUGUAGAUAGCUAUAAAACCAAGUGUAGUCUUUUCUGUGCCAGUCGCAAAAUGCAGUUUAGCCUUAAUUAAGGAUAAUGUUUCUGCGCGACGAUGUAAAAGUGCUUUUACCUGUCUGUAGCAGCAAUCCAGUGUAUACCAAAAAUAAGAAACCGAACAAAAUCUAUCAGAAAAACUGUAAGGAUUAUUGCAUUUAUAUACCAGAGAAUAUCAGAACAGGAGUCAGUGGCAUCUCUUUGGGAAUGUAGAUUAACAGAUUUUUGUAUUAUCCAUUAGACUGAUACUGUUCAUUGUAAUUUGUAAUCUGACAAUUAAAUCACCUGUGAAAUUAGCAGAGUAAAUAGUUUAUGAAUAUGUUUGAUGAUGAUGUUAGUUUGUUAGAAUAUAAAUAUAUUUCAUUUCAGUAUAAGAA